AUGUCGCUCCGUACGGAAGCGAGCGCGGCGCACGAGACGAGAAGUGACCACGGUCACAGAGUCGGACGCCGGAAACGACGCCAGAGCUCGGACAAGGGUGUCGAGACUAUCAACGUGCCCGCCACUGCCGCGAGAAGGCUUAGCGGGGACAUCGGCUGCUCCUCGACCGUGUUCUGCGCCGUGCUGCUCCUGCCGCUGCUCCUGAUGGUCGUGGCCCUGACGCUGCUCGCGGUGAGCGGCAGCGGUGCCCGGCGCGCGGCCCGGGCGUUCGCUGGCAUCACGAGCACCCUGCACGGUCUGUGCGACGAGGGCGUUGAGGGCGACAAGAAUCGUAGCGUCACGUGUCGCCAGACCCUGGAGCGACUGUCGCUCACCAUGAAGGCGGACGCCGACCCCUGCGAUGACUUCUACGAACACGUCUGCGGCAACUGGAAGCCCCGGUACCCCAACCGGCCGUCGUACCUGAAGGAGCACAUGGAGUCCUUCAAUGUGCUCGUCCACCAGACACUGCUCCAGCUGGCUAUCAGCGCUCCUCCGCACUGGGCUAUGCGGCUACCAGCAGCCGCCCACCAGAUGGCGGUCUUCCACUACAGCUGCUACGCGAUGGCCACGGGUCGCGGUCCGAGGGGACACGCCACCGGUGUUGCCAGGGCACUCGGCACGGACGGAAGGUCAUGGAUCAACGUGGUCUCGCACGAAGCCCUGAUAGACCUUACGCUGAGAACUACCCGGACGACCGGGCUGCCAUCGUUUCUUAAGUACGUACGCACGAAUUGUGCGCCCGCGGAACGAGAUACGACGUACGUAUAUGCGGGGGAAACCCUGCUGUCUACACUGCGUUUCCAGCACAAGGUCAGCGAGCUCCUGGUGGAAGUGCUGAGAGCAUUUAACGUGGACUUCAAGUUCCACUUCUCGCGGCUCUUCGACGCCGACAGGGACGUGGCGAGGAUAUUCGAGUCGUCGGUUGAGGGACAAAGUGCGAACGCCCAGGGGCAGUCAAACUUUUCUUCCGUGCACAUGCUUUCGACGACGAGGAAUUUCCUUGGUGGAAACCUUGGCAACGCGACCGUCACCGGCCUGGCCAACCUGCGAGGUGACCCCGCCGCCAUCGCUGCCAUUGGUAGACUGCGGUCGGAACCUCUGUCCACGGCGGGCCUCUACGCUCUGAGUGUGUUGCUGGCGCAGGUAAUGAAGUACAGCCUACUACUCCGGGAGUUGUACGUGCCGAACCCGUCCGACAACGUUCGCUGGUGUCUGCAACAGACGGCCGAGCACUUCGGCGAGCUCUACACCGAAUGGGUGGCGCGCAAGUUCCAGAAGCACCAGGCACUGGCCACCGUUCGUGGUCUGUUCGCCGACAUCCGAAUGCUGCUCAUGCGAGACAACCGCGUCAACCGGGGCGUACUCGUUGGCACGGGCCGCUUGAAGAGGACUCAUCUGUGUUUCUAUGGACAGGACGGCCUCAAGGCAAUAGUCCCGCCAGCGCCGCAAUUUCCUGCUCUGCUGGGCAACAGCUUCCUCAACAACCUGGCCAUCGCGUUCCGUAGUCGCGUGGCCCGACGUCCCAGCGAUGAUCGCUCCGCCGAGUUCGUUCUGUCGGGUUUCGUCGGCUACCACGGCGACUCGUUCGUCGUGACGCCUGCCUAUCUGUCCGGACACGGCGUGCUGGCCCUUCGCGUGGACGAAGUCGACGUGUUCUACCCGACCCUGGCGGCGCUGAUGCUGCGAGCCAUCUACAAUGACUCGGCUUUCUACUCGCCAGAGUCUAUGGCCAACUAUACGGACGGCUGCUUCAGCGAGUCCGUGUCCUUCGCACUGGGAAGAUACGUGGCGCCCCGUGCGGUGAUGCCGUUCAUGGGAAACCGCUGGGCGAUUUUCUUCGCGUCGUUCCUCUCGCGGCGGAGGGCGGCCGACGUGCACCGUCGACUAGGCGACCACGGCCGGGCUCAUCUCUACUUUCGCCUGGUCUGCUUUUUCUCCUGCGGCGACUUGACGAUGCGGGACACCUGCAACGACGUCGCCUACUCGAGCGACGACCUGUCGCGCUCCAUCGGCUGCCACCGAGAGCGGAGCAUCAAGUGCGACUGCAACCGCCUGGACAACUGCGAGACCCACAUGCCGCGCGCGUAGACAGAAGGGAAAACGCGGUGCC